GCCUCAACUGUUUCAGAAUCAGUUCAGAUGUAGCAAAACUGGGUCUCAGCACCUCUAAACUGAGCUGAAGUCAUGCUUUUUUAACUGACCGCAGAUCAGCGUUUUGGCAUCCGGGAUCCACAUGUGACAGUCAGCUGAUCGCGGCCAGGAUCUGCAGAAAGCUGUGAGCUCUUCUGUCUGACAUCAAGUACAUUCGCCUCAUACAUUCAUUCGUUAUUUUUUUAAAGAGGUAGAAAUGGCUACAAACCCACCUAAGUUAAAGGCUGCAAUAUCUGGCAAUGAAAGGCUGCAAAACUUGAAAAACACGUUUGAAAAAAAGUAUGGAGAAUCUCCUCACUUCUAUGCAUGUGCACCUGGAAGGGUCAAUCUAAUAGGAGAGCAUAUUGAUUACUGUGGCUAUUCUGUUCUUCCGAUGGCCAUUGAGAGGAAUAUCCUCGCAGCCGUCUCUGUGAACAAUUCAGGGACAAUCACACUGGCCAACACAAAUCCUCAGUACACGGAUUUCACUGUGUCAUGUUCAGAGGACAUCGCCAUAGACAGAGAGAAUCCACAGUGGCAUUACUACUUUCUCUGUGGAGUAAAAGGUAUUCAGGAGAAGUUUGGUAUUGCUCAGUUAGCAGGGAUGUCAUGUGUGGUAGAUGGAACCAUUCCUCCGAGCUCCGGCCUCUCCAGCUCUAGUGCCUUAGUUUGUUGUGCCGGGCUCGUAACAGUGGAGGCAAAUCAGAAGUCCCUCUCCAAGGUGGCCCUGGCGGAGAUUUGUGCCAAAAGUGAGCGCUACAUCGGCACAGAAGGAGGCGGCAUGGACCAGUCCAUCUCAUUCCUGGCAGAGAGAGGCACUGCAAAGCUAAUCGAGUUCCAGCCUUUAAAGGCCACCGAUGUCAAGCUCCCAGAUGGCGCCGUGUUCGUGAUCUCCAACUGCUGCGUUGAGAUGAACAAAGCUGCUUCUUCUCACUUCAACAUCCGUGUGGUGGAGUGUCGAAUCGCCACAAAGAUGCUGGCCCAGGCACGAGGUCUGGACUCGAGCCGGUUGUUGAAGCUGGUGCAGGUUCAGACGGAGCUGAAGGCCUCCCUGGAGGAGAUGCUGGCUCUGGUGGACGAGGUGCUGCAUCCGGAGCCCUACAGCCGAGAAGAGAUCUGCAAGGAGCUGGGCGUCACUUCAGAGCAAUUUUCCUCAGAGCUGCUGAGCGCCAACACUCAGCAUGUGACGCAUUUCAAGCUGCACCAGCGAGCCAAGCAUGUGUACGGUGAAGCUGCGCGGGUGCUGCGGUUUAAGAGCGUGUGCGACUCUGAACCUGCCGAAUCCGUACGGCUACUGGGAGACCUGAUGAACCAGAGCCAUGCAAGCUGCAGAGACCUGUAUGAGUGCAGCUGCUCUGAACUGGACCAACUGGUGGACAUCUGUCUGAAGUCGGGUGCAGUGGGCUCCCGGCUGACAGGAGCAGGUUGGGGCGGCUGUGCUGUUUCCAUGGUUCCCAGUGAGAAGGUUGAGUCUUUCUUAAGAGCAGUGAGCGAGGCCUACUACCUCCCCGAUCCACGCAGAGCAGCGAUGGAAAAACAGAGUUUGUUCGUGUCAAAGCCAGGCGGGGGAGCUGCAGUUUUCCUCCCGGAGUAAAAUGUAUGAUCCAUGUCUGUUUAUAUAACAAUCAUUCAUUCAAAUACACUGCUGGGAAAUAAAAUAUAUAUUGUUUACAGUUCAUUCAGAAGGGACUCACAAAUGAAAGUAAACCAAAAAUGUAACCUUACUUCUGUGUUUCAUUUGACCUCUCUACUCUUUGUAGAUUAUUCUGGAACAUAAGGGCCAAAAAUUGAUGACAGUGAUGAAUUAUUUCUUACAAAGGGAAUAUGCUUUUUAUGUCUUAAAUCACAAGGGUGUAUGUAAUAAAUUGAUUUUGUACAAUGAUAUCACUGGCUCAACAUUGCUGAUCUCAGAAAAGAAAAGAUUCCAAACAUAACAGUAACAUCUUAUUUGUGCUGCUGUAUAAAAUACAUUCAUCUAUUCUUUUUUACAUUUUACACAGGAAUAUAAUGUCAUCAACAAGGGCAAGAAAUCCUGAAUAAUUAAAUAAACUG